AUGUAUUCUACACUGAAUGAAGCGUUAAUAGCACCAUCAUAUCUCAUCAUUUCUGCUAUUUCCAUUUGGGCAGUCAUCGUUUGUUCCAAGAGAAAAGAGCUAGCUGUUGAACCGACACAGCCAUCUCUGAGAGAAAAUUCAAAAAUUAGUGUAUUCAAUAGGGACGGUGAAACGGACAUUGAAAUGCCUUCACAUUCACACAAAGUAAAAGAACUUGAAAAGAACAGGAAAUCAGAUGAAAGAGAAUCAAGCAAAAUGAAGAAACUCGAUGGCAAGAGUGAUCCGAACUCUAAUGAAUCCGAGAAACGUCAUCCACAUUCUGGCAAAGAGAAACAUUCUCGAAAGGAAGUACUGUCGGCAAAAAAUGACAGUCAAGAUAGACAGAUGAAAGAUAAACAGAAUUUUAAUAAAAAUGAGGAAGUAGUAACUGAUGAUGGAGAGAAGAAAGAAAAAGGAACGGAAAGAAGUUUGUCCAACCGGUAUUUAAUUAAAUGA